AAGGGGGCGGGGGCUGAAGGGGGCGGGGCUUGGGCUGCCUCCGGCCUCCAGGAUGAGGGGGCGCUGGGUGUGGGUAGGGCUGCUCGGCGUCCCCCUCCUGGCCCUAUACCUGCACCUCCCGCCCCCCCGGCUGUCCCCGGAGCUGCUCUCCUGGCGCUCCUCCGGGGCCUUCUUCACCUACCAGGAGCGCAGCAUCUUCUACAGAGAUUCAGCCGGCGCCGUGGGCAGCUCCGACGUGGUCGUCCUCCUGCACGGCUUCCCCACCUCCAGCUACGACUGGAACAAGAUCUGGGAGGGGCUGACGCUGCGCUUUCGCCGGGUGGUCGCCCUGGAUUUCGUCGGGUUCGGCUUCAGCGACAAGCCCCGACCCCAUCGCUAUUCCAUCUUCGAGCAAGCCAGCAUCGUUGAGGGGUUGCUGCGCCACCUCGGCCUCCACCGCUAUGGGAUCAACCUCGUGUCCCACGACUACUGGACACAGGUCGCCCAGGAGCUGCUCCACAGGUACGAGCACAACCGAACCGGGAGCAUCCUGAUCAAGAGCCUCUGCUUAUCCAACGGAGGUAUUUUCCCCGAAACGCACCGGCCCCGGCUCAUCCAGAAGGUCCUCAAGGACGGGGGCCUCCUGGCGCCCGUCAUCACGCGGCUGAUGAAUUUCUUCUUCUUCUCCAGAGGGCUUGGGGCCGUUUUCGGGCCCUACACGCAGCCCUCGCAGGCCGAAUAUUGGGAUAUGUGGGCAGCGGUGAGGACCAACGACGGCCACCUCGUGGUUGACAGUAUUUUGCAGUACAUCAACCAGAGGAAGAAGCACAGAGAGCGCUGGGUGGGGGCUCUGAAGGCCACUUCUGUCCCCCUGCAUUUAAUCUACGGGCCCCUGGACCCUGUGAAUCCGCACCCGGAGUUCCUCCAGCUGUACAAAAAAGUGCUUCCCGCGUCCACGGUGUCCGUGCUGGAUGACCACAUCAGCCACUACCCGCAGCUGGAGGAUCCAACGGGCUUCCUCAACGCCUAUCUCAGCUUCAUCGACUCCUUCUGAGCUGCUCCUCGCUCUCUGGUGACGAGUCAGGCUUCAGGGGCAGGAAAAAAAUGAUUAUUUUUUAUCCCCGGAUCAAUACUUUGCGCUGCUUUGGCUGCCAACCUGCUGCGUGCACACAAAUCCUUGGAGCAGCACCAAAAAAAUGAGCCUGCAGGGAGGCGUGGACAAAAUCAGCCUAAGAGUUAGAGGAUGCUGACAGCUCUGACUUGGUAAGGAGAGAAAUGCCAGAGAGAAAUGCGUGGCAGAACUCCCCUCCCAAGAAAAUCACCGCCAGGUCUUUUUUUCUCCUUUUCCUUCCCAAUCUUUGACAGCUUUAAGCCCAAAAAAGCUUCAGAGUUUUGCAGCGUUACCAGACAUAAGGCUCAGAGAAGUGUUAGGCCAGAGUAGAAAGGAAAAACCUUCAUGGCUGAAGUUAUAAUUUCUCUACGACAUUGAUUUUUGUCUCCUGUAUCUCACACAAAAUCUUCAAAAAGCUAUAUUUGCUGCAGGUUUGGGGUGUUUUUUAACUGCUUUGUUUUAAAUUUAUUAGCAACCUUUAAGAAUAAGGGGCUUCUGCUGAGUAAAAAGCCCCCGGGGACUGAUUUUUCUGAAUUGAAGACAGGGAAGCAGACAGAAUUAGAAUAAGAGUUUUCUAUUUUAUUAACAGCAGUUCAUAUGAAUUCCAACCACUUGGACCAGUGUUUAAUUUUUCUGUUAAUAAAAAUUAGUUUU